AUGGACUCUAUUAUUUACAAAGACAGGAAAGACAACAUGUUUAAUGAUGAAGGCGACGAAAUUUUUGAGAUGGAGAUGGAAGUUGGUGAAAUCAAUUAUCUCCUGGAUAAUGCUAUACACUUCGACCAAUAUACUGAUCUUAAGCCACCCCAGAAGAUGUCUCUAUCUGAAAAAGUCAAAAGCAAAAAAACAUAUCGCAAAUACAAGAAAGAGGACACGGAGCACUUUUUCUUCUUGGUUAACGAGAAGCGAAUGUCUAUUCGUAGUGCUACUGUAUCUAUUUGUCUCUAUACUUUCCUGAAUUAA